AUGCCCGCAAACCAACGAAAGCAGACAAGCCAGUCGUCAUACUUGCAAACUCCUAGAAACACUGCGACUCCGUCAACGCAGGAUGCUGGAAAGUCCGUAAUUGCACCCAAAUCCAGUACGAGCGAUUCAUCCGAGACAUUCCUCACCAUGGCACAGACUACAACGAAAUCAAAUGGCCAACUGCCCACCCCUUCCGCAAACAUCAAUGGCGUACCUCCGACAGUAAAUCGCAAGAAGCAGAAACGAAGGGCGAAACAGGCUGCUAGGGCUGCUGCAGAGCAAGCACAAGGCUCGCAGACGAAUGGGGGACCAUCUCCUGGCGAUGUCAAGAAACAAAUGCAGGAACUAGAAGCACGCUUCCGCGAGACGGGACUAGACGAGCAGUACGAUGACGACGAACAAUUAGAUCCUGCGGAGGAUAAUGCGUAUUAUAGCGACGAGGAAGGUGAUGCAUAUUCGGGCUCGUAUGGUCAUGAUGGCUCCUCAACAAAUGGCUAUGCGAUGCCUACAACAAAUUCCUCGAGCAAGAAACAGAAGAAGAAAAAGAAAUCGAAGUCUUCGCAGUCAGACAAUUCUAAUUACGCACACCACGGCCCAAAUGGUUCAUCACAUAAUCACGUAUCGCUACCAAUUCCUCUACAGUCCCCGCCGAAUAUGCAGAGAGGGCCGGGUAUUUCGAAGGAGAAAAUCUGGAAUACAUCAUCGCAAGAAGAACGUGAGAGGAUAAAGGAAUUUUGGUUAUCUCUCGGAGAAGAUGAGCGCAAAUCAUUAGUCAAGGUAGAAAAGGAUGCCGUACUCAAGAAAAUGAAAGAGCAGCAAAAGCAUUCUUGUAGCUGCACAGUCUGUGGUCGCAAGCGCACCGCCAUUGAAGAGGAACUAGAAGUACUUUACGACGCAUACUACGAAGAGCUCGAGCAAUAUGCAAAUCAUCAAGGAGGUGACGGUCCUCCACCAAUGAUGCCACCUCCCCGUCGAUUUGGCGCCAUGAGCGGAUUACAGCCACCUAAUCGCUUACCACCAGUUUUUACUGGGCAGCAACCAUCAAGGGGUAGGAUAGUAGAGCAACUUGGCGAUGACGAAGAUGAAGAAGGGGAUGAGGAGUACAGUGAAGAUGAUGCGGAUGAAGAUGAUUAUAGUGACGAAGAACCCGAAGAAAUCCCAAGAAGUCACGCCACAGACUUUUUUAAUUUUGGUAAUAGUCUCACAGUACAGGGAGGGAUUCUUACCGUAGCGGAUGACUUACUCAAAAAUGACGGAAAGAAAUUUAUCGAAAUGAUGGAGCAACUAGCCGAGCGCCGCAUGGCUCGAGAAGAAGAUGCAAAAGAACAGUAUGCUAAUGCGAAUUACGGCCACCCUCCGAAUGGUUCCAUGCAUCCUCAUUCCCACGGACACCUUCAUAAUCACCCACCACCGCCAGAAGAAGACGAUUAUGACGACGAAGAGGAUGAUGAAGACGAGUAUGAUAGCCAGGAAGAGGACUAUGAUGAAGAGGAGAUGGAUUCCAUGACUGAAGAACAGCGUAUGGAGGAAGGACGACGGAUGUUCCAGAUAUUCGCUGCUCGGAUGUUCGAGCAAAGAGUUUUAACAGCCUACAAAGAAAAGGUUGCGAAAGAGAGGCAGCAAAAACUUCUCGAGGAACUUGAGGAAGAGAGUCGAGCGGAUUCCCUAAGGAAAGCCAAGAAGGCUAAAGAUGCGCAGAAGAAAAAGGAAAAAUUGCUGGAGAAGAAGCGGGCUCUAGCCGAAGAAAAGGCUCGGAAGGAAGCCGAAAAAGCGGCCGAAGAAGCUUCUCUUCGAGAAAUCGAAGAAAAGAAAGCAGAAGAGCAAAGGCUGAAACGAGAGGAGAAUCGAAAAAAGAAAGAGGCACAGAAAAAGGCCGACGAAGAAGAGCGCGUGCGCAAGGAAGCUGAAAAGCAACGUCGGCUUCAGGAACAAAGAGAACGACAGGCCGAACAAGAAAGGAAGCAACGUGAAGCCAAAGAGCGAGAGAAAAAGGAGAAAGAGGAGCUAAGGCGCCAAGCACUGGAAGCGAAAGAGGCCAAGGAAAAGGAGGCCAAGGAACGAAGAGAGAAGCAUGAGAGAGAGAAGCGAGAAAAGGAAGCGAAAGUCAAAGCCGACAAGGAAGCCAGAGAGUUACAGAAACGUGAAGAAGUUGCCGCUCAGCAGGCUGCUGUUCAAGCUGCCCAGUCAGCCGCCCAAGCUUCAAGACGCCCGAAUCAGGUGCCUACGCCCAACUUGAGUCAUGUCCUAGCUUCACCUCAUAUUUCAGUUGCCAUUCCGGCUGUUCCUAAAGCACCGACUCCCAUCAAGCUUCGAACAAACUCUCAGCAAGAGAACCACUCAACUAUCCCUAGAACCCCCUCCGGUAUCCCUCAGAGUCCAUUCGCCGGUAUGCAACCCAUGCCUGGAGGACUUCAACCAGGAAUGCCAAUGGUACCCCCAGGUUUCGGACGACCGCAUCAUGACCCAAUGUUCACACAUCAGCAACCAAUAGGCAACCAAUUUCGCCCUUUGCCAAUUCCCAAUGGAGGCAUGCCGCAAUUUCAACCCGGGUUUAAUAUGCAUCAUAUGCCACAAGGCAGAGGCUUCCCUAUGCAUGGCCCACCAGGAUUUCCACAACCGUCUCCAAACGGAAUGGGUAGUAUUGGUCAGCUUUUUGGCGCCCCCAAAGAAGCACCACCUUCACAGGCUCAUUCUCGAAACCAAUCUGGCUCAUUUGAUGCAUUAUCAUCGACGACACAAGCCCAGCCUAUCGCGAGACCUGCACCCAUUGGAAGACCGUCCAGUAUUGUUCACGGCGCUCGUCAUGGCGAUAAAUCCAGUAAUGGUGAACCUGACGAAUCAAGCAAACAUCUUGGUAGUAGCGCUUUACUAGAUGAUACUGAUGAGCCUUUGAAGGUUGGAAUGGGCCCACGACGCUCGAGUGCAGCUCCUGGUAAUUCUAGCAGGCAAAACUUCCUACCACCUCCAUUUGGUAUGGACCGCUCGGAUCCAGCGGGAAUGAUGAGCUCCUUUGGUACAUGGGGUGCACCGCCAAACCCAUUUGGCUCCUCUUCCCUACCUGGAUCCAAUGGUUUUGGCGGAGGAUGGAACACAAGUCUUAAUAUGAACAAUUCAUUCGGGAUGCCGCCUUACUUUCGUCCGUCUCAACCGCGUUCGGUAGCUGUAAGACUAAUGAUCUGUAUGGCUUGCCAAAACCUCCAGAGUUCGACUCCAGACGGAUGGUUAGAUAUCGACUCUAUCAAGAAUGAGGUUGCUCUUCUCAAUCCUCCUAGGGAAGAGCCAGUUUCUGAGAGGGAACUGCUCGAUAUUUGUGACACCGAAGGGAACCAAAUGAAUGGGGGUGGCACCUUUGAGAUCCGCCAUUCGAAUGGCAAAUCCCAAAUCCAUUACGUUAGCGACCCCACACCUCAUGACUUCCGUGCUGUCGGCGCUCCAGGUGAAAUCGGAAGCCCUAUCAGUGGGAAUGCAUCGAGAAAUCCAGGACCUCCUGGCCGAGCUCCAAUUGGUGGAUUUUAG